CGUUGGAGCGGCGCUCUAGACCGUUCGGUGCGCUCUCGAUGGCUUGGCGGCGCCGGGCCGGGUGGGUGGGCGGCGGCGCGGCGCUGCCCCGCUGAGGAGCCGGCGGGCGGGGCCCUCCGCCAUGGAGCCCGAGACGCUGGAGGCGUGCAUCAACAAAGCAACAAACCCCCUGAACAAGGACCUGGACUGGGAUGGUAUCAAUGCUUUCUGUGAGCAGCUCAAUAAGGAGCUGGAGGGUCCUCCGCUUGCUACCCGACUUCUUGCCCACAAGAUCCAAUCUCCACAGGAAUGGGAAGCUCUUCAGGCCCUCACGGUGCUGGAGUCCUGCAUGAAGAGUUGUGGCAAACGCUUCCAUGAUGAGGUGGGCAAGUUCCGCUUCCUCAAUGAGCUCAUCAAAGUGGUGUCACCCAAGUAUCUUGGAAGCCGGACACCAGAAAAAGUGAAGUCAAAGAUCCUGGAGCUGAUGUACAGCUGGACGUUGGGGCUGCCUCAUGAGGUGAAGAUCUCGGAAGCCUACCAGAUGCUGAAGAAACAAGGGAUUGUGAAGUGUGACCCAAAGCUGCCUGAUGACACUCCUUUUCCACCACCUCCCCCUCGGCCCAAGAACAUAAUCUUUGAUGAUGAAGAGAAAUCCAAGAUACUGGCUCGUCUCCUGAAAAGUUCCCAUCCUGAGGACCUCCGGGCUGCCAACAAGCUCAUCAAGGAGAUGGUUCAGGAGGACCAGAAGCGCAUGGAGAAGAUCUCCAAGAGGGUGAAUGCCAUUGAGGAGGUGAACAACAAUGUGAAGCUGCUGACAGAGAUGGUGACAAACUACAGCAAGGGGGAGACAAUGGAAAGCAAUGAGGACCUAAUGAAGGAUCUGUAUCAGCGCUGUGAGCGUAUGAGGCCCAUGCUCUUCCGGCUCGCCAGUGACACAGAAGACAAUGAUGAAGCUCUGGCGGAGAUCCUGCAAGCCAAUGACAAUCUGACACAGGUGAUCAAUCUCUACAAGCAGCUUGUAAGGGGAGAAGAGAUCAAUGGGGAGACGGUGGCUGGUCCCCUUCGAGGCAGCACCUCAGCGCUUCUGGAUCUGUCAGGCCUGGAUCUUCCAGCAACAGGCCCUUCCUACCCAGCCUUGCCCACCCUUUCAGGUGGCUCAGCAGUCCCUGUGCCUGACCAAGCUGGCUCUGUCUCCUUGCUGGAUGAUGAACUCAUGUCUUUAGGCCUAAAUGACCCAUCACCACAUCCUACCCAGGCUGGUGACAGCAGUGGCUGGAACAGCUUCCAGUCAUCAGAUAGCAACGAGCUCAGUCUCACCCCUAUCGUGGCGACACCACCAGUCAAAACAGAUGCUGGUGCGUCCUCCCCCAAACCUCCUUUCACCAGUGGCCUGGAUGACCUGGACCUCCUGGGCAAGACUCUGCUGCAACAGUCUUUGCCUCCAGAGUCUCAACAAGUGCGAUGGGAGAAGCAGCAGCCACCCCCCCGGCUCACCCUGAGGGAUCUCCAGAACAGGAGCAGCUCUGGCACUACAGCCCACAAUCCCAGCACUCUGCCCAUGCUCCAGAGUGUUUCUCCGAACCCUACACUGCCCCUGACCUCAGAGCUGUCUGCUCCUGCUACGCUUCCAAAAGCUGCUACCACACCAACAGGAAGUACUGCAGUCCCACCACGGCCUCCUGCCACCACACUGCCCCAGGAGAUCUUGCUGGCCAACAUCACUGUGCCUCUGGAGUCAAUCAAACCCAGCAGCAUCCUCCCUGUGACAGUGUAUGAUCAGCAUGGCUUCCGUGUCCUCUUCCACUUUGCUAAGGAUGCCCUGCCGGAGAGGCCUGAUGUGCUUGUGGUGGUGAUUUCUAUGCUUAGCACAGCCCCGCAGCCCAUCCGCAACAUUGUCUUUCAGUCUGCCGUCCCCAAGGUGAUGAAGGUGAAGCUACAGCCUCCCUCAGGCACGGAGCUGCCGGCAUUCAACCCCAUUGUCCACCCCAGUGCCAUCACACAAGUCCUGCUGCUUGCUAACCCACAGAAGGAGAAAGUGAGGCUACGGUACAAGCUGACCUUCACCAUGGGAGAGCAAACCUACAAUGAAAUGGGGGAUGUGGACCAGUUCCCCCCGCCAGAGUCCUGGGGAAACCUCUAGGGCUGCACAUGGCAGGCACUACUUUGCAGAGUCCUUGAGAAGCCAGCCCUGUGGGGCUGGAGCAGCCUGAGGAGAUGGGGAGGGGGGGGGGGGGGUGCACUGCUCACACUCCAUCCUCCAGAUGGCUGGGCAAGGGCCAGAGGGAGCAUGCCUCAAGGAGGAGAGCAGAGACACCAGGAGAUGUUCAUCCAACAAGACUACUAGGAGUGGAGUGGAAAGCUUUGUGUGGGUGAACAGUUGCCUUCCCUGCUCUUCCCAAAGGCAACACUCCCUCCCGACCUGUCCAGCUUCUCUUCUAACCCUGCUUUCCCCCUCUAGGUGCAGUGGGGAACAAGGAUGGGGAGCUUUAACAGCCUCAGCCUGGGGCAAGGCCUAACAAAGGAAGAUCCUUUUCCUUGACUGUCCCCUCUAUGCUUCCCAGCCCUUCAGCUGCUUUGCGCUCGGUGUGCUCCCUCUUGUUCCCCUCCGCUCUUUGGAGUUGGGCCUCAGCCACUCCCUGUCUGGUCAGAGCACACUGGAGCUGCUGUGGAACAAGGCUGGACAGAGACUAGGUGUCUCUCCGGUACCGGAGAGCAGGCAGCUGUCCUUGCUUUGGAGGGGUCAGUGGGAGGCAUCUUCCUAUAUCUUCCUCCUUCCCGCUGCUUACAGAACUGUUGGUGGGAGGUGGGCCCUGGGCUGGGACCCCAGGGGCUGGGAAGGGCUUGCUCUGUGCCUUCCCAGCCCCUUCGGCAGGAGCUCCUGGGCACUGAGCCUCUGCAGCAAGGAAGCCCACACCCUUCCCAGACACUUCAUCUGCCACAGCAAGCUUUGGGGGCUCUGUCAGACUUUGUCCCGUGUGCCAGCCCUGAGGGGCGUGCUGUGGUGAGGUGAGUUGCCACACAGCCUCCUUGCCAGACAGGGAGAGGAAGCAGCACGUUGUCUUCCUCUGCCCUGGCUGGGCUGGAGAGCUUGGUGUGGCACGGGGCUUUCUCAGCUCUUCAGUGUCUUCUCGGGGUGAGGUAGGUGAUGGGCUGGGGGUUGGCGAGAGACUGGAGCCCAGCCCAUCACCAGGGGACACCGCUAAGCUUGGCAUUGGGAUCCCAGGUCUGCAAGGGGGGGUGGGGGGUGCAGGUGGGCGUACAGCUGUGCCUUGCACACCCUUGCCCGCAGCCGUGGGCAGGCCUGGCUCCCUGCGGUGAGGAGAGGGCUUGCCCCAGCCACCUGAUCACUGUGACACAAGAGCAGGGAUCUGCAGGCACAGAAGAGACCAGGGGUGGCACGUCCCAAGCAAUCCCCAUCCCAACAGGACUCAUGACCGCAGGAGGUACUUCCCAUCCCUAAGCUGGUUUUAAGAGGGCUUGAUCUUAAAAGCAGGGGCAAGCUGUGCCCUGCAUUGGCUUGCCAGAGGUACAAGGAGGCCUGUGAAAGAUGGAGGUGAGCAGGGUGUCUCGCACUCUUGGCUUGGGGACAGCAAAGGUGAGGUGUCUUGGAGCUGGGCACAGCACGUGGUAGGAGGAGAGGGGGAAGCAAGGUCUUUAUGCUGGGGUUCUGCUGUGUCUUACUUCCCUUUCUGGUCUCUUUUCAGGGUUUUGUAUGGGUUUUUUCUUUGCAGAUCUUGUUUGGUUCUUGAACAGACUUGUAUAUAUUUUCAGUGCAAAAUUCUGUAAAUGGAAGAAAACAAACAAACAAAAAGAUUUAAAAUUAAACGCCCGGUGCGAAGAAUCUGCUGUAUUUAUGGGAAAUAAAGAAUUCUUUACUGA